AUGAUGAAACCGAGUUAAUUUUGUUUUCCAAGGUCAAAUUCACAAUUCAGAUGUCAUGCACAUGCUUCCUACUUUCACCUAAAGUUUCUUUCCCCUCUGCUAGUCUCCGGCAUCAAUCAUCUUAGUUCCGCUGUCUGUAUCUCCCCACACCUAAUAAGCUUCCCUACACCUGUCAUCUUUCACAAAACCCAUCUCCAGUUCUUCACAGCAACACUUUGGAUCUAACUAAAAGGUCCAAGCUUGAGAUGCUAAGUUAGAUUAUAUUACAGAUUCGAAAGAUGGGUCACCUAAAUCUCCCCGUGUCUAAGCGAAACCCGCGCCAAUGGAAGCUCCUGGACAUUGUUUCGGCUGCAUUCUUCGGCCUGGUUCUUCUCUUCUUCCUUAUGGUCUUCACCCCUCUUGGGGACUCCAUGGCUGCCUCCGGUAGGCAAACGUUGCUGCUUUCCACCUCGGAUCCGAAGCAGCGCCAUCGCCUGGUGGCUCUGAUAGAGCAAGGCCAGCACAACCAGGUCAUCGAGGCCUGCCCUGCUGAUUACGUCGAUCACAUGCCCUGUGAGGAUCCCAGGCGAAACAGUCAGCUUAGUAGGGAGAUGAAUUUUUACAGAGAGAGGCACUGUCCACUGCCUGAUGAGAUGCCGCUCUGCUUGAUCCCUCCUCCUCAAGGCUACAAGAUUCCUGUGCAGUGGCCUGAGAGCUUGCACAAGAUAUGGCACUCCAACAUCCCACACAAUAAAAUUGCAGACAGGAAAGGUCAUCAGGGAUGGAUGAAAGUGCAAGGAACUCACUUUAUCUUCCCUGGUGGUGGCACAAUGUUCUCUGAAGGAGCAGCAUCAUACAUUGAGAAACUAAGGCAGUAUAUCCCCAUAAGUGGUGGAACUCUGAGGACUGCCCUUGACAUGGGAUGUGGGGUUGCAAGUUUUGGGGGAUCUUUGUUAUCUGAAGGCAUUUUGACCGUCUCAUUUGCUCCAAGAGAUUCACACAAAGCACAGAUACAAUUUGCACUGGAGAGGGGGGUACCAGCUUUUGUUCUCAUGCUUGGCACCCUCAGACUCCCAUUUCCUGCAUUUUCGUUUGAUUUCAUCCAUUGUUCUCGAUGCCUAAUCCCUUUUACAGCUUACAAUGCCACUUAUUUCAUUGAAGUGGAUCGGCUACUUCGCCCAGGAGGGUACCUGGUAAUCUCUGGUCCCCCUGUACAGUGGCCUAAACAAGAUAAGGAGUGGGCAGACCUCCAGGCUGUGGCAAGGACAUUGUGUUAUGAAUUGAUUGCUGUGGAUAGAAACACUGCCAUUUGGAAGAAACCAGUUGGAGAUUCAUGCCUGCCCAAUCAAAAUGAAUUUGGACUUGAAUUAUGUGGUGAAUCAGAUGACCCAAGCUAUGCAUGGCACUUCAAGUUAAGACGAUGUGUGACUAGAACAUCUUCCGGGAAGGGAGAAUAUGCUGUUGGGACAAGCCCAAAGUGGCCUGAAAGGCUCACAAAGGCUCCUUCGAGGACCUUGGUCAUGAAAAAUGGGAUAGAUUUGUUUGAAGCUGAUUCAAAACGGUGGGCAAGGAGAGUAGCUUAUUAUAAGAACACUUUGAACUUGAAGCUUGGGACUCAAGCUAUACGCAACAUCAUGGACAUGAAUGCAUUUUUUGGGGGUUUUGCGGCAGCACUCGUAUCUGAUCCUAUGUGGGUGAUGAAUGUUGUUCCUGCUCGGAAGUCUUCAACCCUUGGAGUUAUUUAUGACAGAGGCCUUAUUGGAGUCUAUCAUGAUUGGUGAGCUGUUGCCACAUUUCUUCUCCUUAUAUAAUAAUCUAUAGAAGUAAAAUUAAACCACUUUUACUACUCUCACAAUCUUUUGAAAUAGCAAUUGAUGAACAAUCAGUUAUAGUUCUUCAUGUAUCACUGCCUGCAAUGAUGAAAUCCUGUCUCUUGUUCCUUUGGUAACUGCCAGUUAGAGAGUUGAUUUUUGCACCACAUCUUUAAACUGUGCUUUUUUCUUCCUUUUUUUUUCCCAAGCUCUAGUCUUUUAUGCCUUAGCUCUGGUUGUGUUUGAAUUCGAUGGAUGAGAAUAUUCACUUGUAUUUCAGUCUCCAAAUUUGCUAUGAAAAAUAUGGAAAACUUUAUUCUUAUGUUAGCUUAAUAAUUGGAACAAAAUAGAAGCAUACCUAGCCAAAUGGUUUAUUUCUAACUUAAUAGAAGAGGUGUCUAACUCUAUACAAAACUUAACUAGAUUUUUUUUAAUUACUAUCCUCAAAUCUUAUACCAAGUGACUUGUCUUCCAGACCCUCCUUGUUAUUGUUGGUGCCGACAUAGGUUGG